UUUUUUUAACGGGAUGCGAAAAGUCUUUUGUGUUCCAAUGGAAGGGUCAAAAAUGAAAGAGGAAAAGAGUGGGAGGACAGUAAGGUUCCGAGUAGCGUCUGCCAACAGUGGACGCGUGCUGGCCGAGGUGUUCAAGGAUGAGACAAGGUGGUGUGGGUCAGUGUCGGAACCUGUGGACUUCGAAAGCAAGCACAAUCCAGAAACACAGCAGAGGGUCUCGUCUAACCCCAGUGAGGCUAAUAGCCACCUGAAUGGCUUGGUGGUGGAAUCUCCUCUGGAGGAGAAUGGUGGUGAACCCGAUGACCUGCUUUUGUACGCCAGUGCCAAGAGAGAGAUACUUUUCAGCAACACACGGAUCAAUAUCUGCAGCAAAAAUGGAACCAUAAGAGGGGUGAGAAACAAAGUGAGCGCAGGCCAAGUACUUUUCAACAACCUCUCCAAAAUGUAUUCCGGACCCCUACGUCAUCAUAAAAGGAGACCUUGGGAAAAGGAGUAGUUAAUUUGGAAGUGACUGGAAACAUAAACCUGACAUGGCAUUUCAUUCAUUGUCGUUCAAAGUUGAUUGAGUCAAGGAUUCUGUAUGAAAACCAUAAUACGC